ACAGCCCCGCGAGUUAGCGCAGUGUCAUCAGAUCGCCCGCUGUCUCUGUGCACUUCAAAAUGGCCAGCGAGAGAAAUCACAGCCUGCUGCCGCACACACGCACUGUUCCUCCAUUCCACACAACGUUAAUGCGACACCACCGCUAAAAGACGAGCCGAAACAAGUCCGGGCUGCUUCCUGUGUUCAGCCGUCUCGGGGAGAAAGAAAGCGUCGUCAUAUAAAGCGCGGCCGUCCCCUACGAGACUCUGAACAAACGUUUCAGAGCAGCUCAGAAGAACAUCGACCGGGAGACGAGUCACGUGACGAUGGUGGUUGCAGAGCUGGAGAAGACCCUGAGCAGCUUUCCAGUGGUCGACUCUGUUGUGUCACUGCUGGAUGGAGUAGUGGAGAAACUCAGUGCCCUGAAGAGGAAGGCUGCUGAGUCCAUCCAAGCAGAAGACGAGAGUGCCAAGCUGUGUAAGCGUCGCAUCGAGCACUUGAAGGAGCACAGCAGCGACCAGCCGGCCUCGGUCAACCUGUGGAAGAAGAAACGCAUGGACCGCAUGAUGGUGGAGCAUCUGCUGCGCUGUGGCUACUACAAUACAGCUGUUAAACUGGCCAGACAGAGUGGUAUAGAGGAUCUGGUGAACAUUGAGAUGUUCCUCACAGCUAAGGAAGUGGAGGAGUCCCUGGAGAGGCAGGAGACUGCCACCUGCCUAGCCUGGUGCCACGACAAUAAGUCUCGCCUCCGCAAGAUGAAGAGUUGUCUUGAGUUCAGUCUGAGAAUCCAGGAGUUCAUCGAGCUCAUCAGGCAAAAUAAACGCAUGGAUGCAGUCAGACAUGCAAGGAAACACUUCAGCCAAGCCGAGGGUGGGCAGUUGGACGAGGUUCGGCAGGUGAUGGGGAUGCUGGCCUUCCCAUCAGAUACACACAUCUCCCCAUACAAGGAUCUUUUGGAUCCAGCCCGCUGGAAGAUGCUGAUCCAGCAGUUCCGUUAUGACAACUACAGACUGCACCAGCUUGGAAACAACUCUGUCUUCACUAUCACCCUACAGGCUGGUCUGUCUGCCAUCAAGACACCUCAGUGCUACAAGGAGGAUGGUACCUCUAAGAACCCAGACUGCCCAGUGUGCAGUAAAUCUCUAAACAAGUUGGCCCAGCCACUACCCAUGGCCCACUGUGCCAACUCCAGACUAGUCUGUAAGAUCUCUGGGGAGGUCAUGAAUGAAAACAACCCUCCAAUGAUGCUUCCUAAUGGAUAUGUCUACGGCUACAACUCCCUUCUGUCCAUCCGCCAAGAUGACAAAGUGGUGUGUCCCAGAACCAAAGAAGUCUUCAACUUCUCUCAGGCUGAGAAGGUCUACAUCAUGUGAUCACUCAGAUAACCCUGUCUGAGUGUUAACAUGAUUGAAUAUGGCCCGUCAUCCGUCACCUGUGACCUGGCCUACUCAGAGAGCCACCUGUGGAGCUGUGAUCCAGUGCCCUUCUACCCCCCACAGAGAGACCCAAAAUGACCUACAACACCCCCUCCCGAUACAUGAUUGACUCCUUUUCACCCACACCCUCCCAUUUUGUCACAAAGAAACUGGCCUCUUCUCCUUUCAGACUGUUUUAGAUGUGGCUAGAAGUCAUUUGAUCUGAUCCAUUCAAGCACAUGGACUAUCAACAUUGUCAUUAUUUUACAGGCCUUCACUCUGAAGAUUAGAGACUAGAGAAAAGGACUGAGGGGGUGAAAAUCUGCUAGGUAGAUGUUUGAUUUUACUACAACAAAUAAAAACUUGUUGAGGUUA